AUGAGAAAUGGUACAAAAAAGCUACUCCUUCGUGAUAGUAAAAAGCCUGAUGGUUCUGAGCAUAUUAUAAUCUAUAUAGAUAGCAAUGGCAUAAUAAGAUCUAAAGAGAUUAAACGGAUUCUUGAAGAGCGAAAUUUAUGGAUACCAGCCCAACCUGAUUUUGCAACUCAAAAACUAUGCGUACAAGAGCUUAGACUUUCUGAAAAGGCUGCUAUCUUUGCAGUAAAAAAAUAUCAUUCUCAUCAUCAAGUUUCUGAAAAA